UCGGACUCGUUCUCAAUGCAACAGUUUUCACCCCCGUAAUAUCAUUCGGGAACGGUGUAUAAAAAAAGAUUUGAACUAACGGCAUUUUUGUCGGAUGGGAUUUUAACUGUCAAAACAUAACCUCAACAUUUUUUCAUAAUUUUUAUAAAAGUGAAAGCAAUUUUAAAAUAAUGGUCGUUAAAGUUGAAAGCCCACCGCCUGAAUUAGAAUGGAUCAAACUCAGCGACGACCUGGACAAAAUGGCCCAAGCGGAAACGAUGCAGGCGAAAAUGAAACGUAAAAUGAAGGAGAAUCCUCUGGUGCCCAUCGGGUGUUUGGCAACUGUCGCUGCUUUAUGCUACGGCCUUUGGAGUUUUAAACAGGGCCGGCCGCAAAUGUCACAAAAAAUGAUGAGGAUGAGAAUCGCAGCUCAGGGUUUUACAAUUGUAGCUUUUAUCGUGGGAUUGGGACUUACCGCAAGAAAUGCCACUAACAGAUGAUUUUGUUAAAAUAGUUGACUUGUGUAUAUAGUAACACACAGAUUUUGUAGUUUUUGUCAUGAGAGGUAGUUUUAAGUUCCUCAAAUAAAUUCAAUUGGCUGUUG